CAUCACUCCUUAUCAAAUAUCCCCAUUCACAAAUCUAUUAUAUUCAACGACUUUGUAAAGAUAAUUAACCUUCAUUUUUGGCUUUGUAUCAAUGGCGGCCAUGAACUCCAGCGUUUUGACAUGCAGCUAUGCAAUCUCGAGCAGUGGAUCAUUUGGACUUAAUGCCAAGCUCGCCUCAGUGCCAUCACUCGCUUCCCCGGUUGUGUGUGGUCGUCACAGGUUGCCUGUGAUCAGAGCUCAACAGGCUAAAGUCUCUGACUCCAAAGAAUCAGAUGUCAGUGAAGGAAGAAGAACUGCUAUGCUGUAUUUGGCAGCUACCCUUUUCACCACAGCCGCCGCUUCUUCCGCAAAUGCGGGGGUCAUCGACGAUUACCUCGAAAAGAGCAAAGCUAACAAGGAAUUGAAUGACAAGAAGAGGUUGGCCACAACUGGAGCAAACUUUGCGAGAGCAUACACUGUUCAAUUUGGCAGCUGCAAGUUCCCUGAGAACUUUACUGGAUGUCAGGAUCUUGCAAAGCAAAAGAAAGUACCCUUCAUCUCUGAUGAUUUGGCCUUGGAGUGUGAAGGGAAGGACAAAUACAAGUGCGGUUCCAAUGUGUUUUGGAAAUGGUGAAGAGAUCUCUAAUGUAAUUUUCACUUAAAACCAUGUAUCUAAUUUUCUCAUUUUUUUUUUGUGAAUUGUUAUGCUGCUGCAUAAACCAUCAAAAAGUUUGCAGAUGGAUCCUGCUUCAUCUAUGCAUGGUUAUCUUA